ACCGCUAAUGACAGCAGACCUAUAAAUGUAUUUAAAAUCACCGAAACUCUUCCUAUUGCAGUCUCACGUCCUAUUCCAGUGCAUUGAACAUAUAGAUCUAAAGCAACUAUAGCGAUAGCAAAGAGACAGUAAGGACUGCAUCAGUAUGGCUCAGGCUUUCGCCGAUGCAUUUGCCUUAUUUAGUGGCUCGCCAUUGACGGAAACAAGUGUCGUCAAACCAAAGAAGAAAAGAAAGCUAUCCAGGAAGACGGGAAGUAAUGCCAAACAAUCUACGCCUUACAAAGUAUUGGGUUCUUUCGGUGAAGUGGAGUGUAAAAAGCGCAGAACGCAACAGUUGGAGAACAAAACAAGCUCUGACUCUAACGGCUCUGUAAAUAACUUUGUGUCUCAUUAUCUGAGAGAUUGCUUCGAGGAGAAAUCUCUUUAUCCCAGUUAUAAAACGAAUACACCAGAACUAAAUGUACAUACGUCUACAAGCAAUGCCAACACCUGGGAAACUGCUCUCCACGUGAACAAUCAAUCCGGAAAUAUUGAAACUAAUUCCUUUCAAAUUGCAAACAAUAAUCCACAAGAGCAGACGAGCGUUUCUUUUGGCAGGAAUAACCAUCCAACGGCUAGCAAUGCUCCAGAUGACGUAAUGCAGACAGCUAAGGUAACAAACGGAACUGCUAAUCUAGAUUCGUUCUCUCUAAUCCUGAAUGACAUUAUAGAAUCCUCCAACCAGUUUGAAUCAAAUAACUCUUCCCAGUCCUCUCAGGAAUAUCCCAUUCCAAUAACAUCUUCCCAAGUGACAGUGCCAGUAACGGCUCAUACAAACAUAGAUUCAUUUGUAGCUAGACAACAACGACAGGGCAAUCCAGUGCAGACCCAAACAAAACAUGAACAAAGUGUAUCAACAGGUAUUCCCAUGGCGUCCAGCUGUAUUCCCAAAGCUAAUGUAGUAUAUCCAAACAUCACCACUGUCUCAAAGGGGAGUACCCCAACCCGAGGCAUAGACUUUUUAACUGACAGUGAUGAAGCAAUAUCUAGGUUUUUUCAACAGGCCAAUCCCUCCUCAAUUUCUAAAAGGAUUCCAGAACAGACAAUUUACAAAACAGAAUCUAACUACAUCAACCCAUCUCAUCAAAAUAUAAAUGUACAGCCACAAAUUGUAUACACACAGCCAGCAAGUACAAAUCAACCUACACAGCAAGCAUAUAUAGAACUACACCAUAAUUUUAGUCAGAAAUCGAAAAGCCAAACAUUGAAAACACAGCUAGCUUAUGCAAAGCAGAAAGAAUUAACCCAGACAUCACUAAUGCCCCAGACAGCAGUAAUGACAGCGAUACAACAGCAAUCAAACACAUUGACACAGUCAGAUUAUUUACAGCAAGCAUCAACAAAUCCAUCCAAAAUACAGAACACAUUAGCACAGGAAGCACUAAGACUGUCACCACCACAACGAAGUCACCCGAUGGCACACCAAGCAUACAUUACACCCUCAAAGCAAGAACUAAUACAACAAGUUCUAACACGGAAAGCAAGAGCCCAGCAAGCUUCAAGGCAAUCUCCACCAAUACAGCAACCGUUAACAUUAUCUUGUACUCAGCCGUUACAGACAGCAUACAGCCAAUCUGCUCCUACACAGAACAGUUACAGACACCAAGCACAACAACAUUACACCCAGCUUGCACCCACUCAGCCACAGCUCACACAGCCAUUCCUCACACAGCCAUCCCUCACACAGUCACAGUACAGCCAACCAUCCCUCACGCAGCCACAAUACACCCAGCCAUCUCUCACACAGUCACAGUACAGCCAACCAUCCCUCACGCAGCCACAAUACACCCAGCCAUCUCUCACACAGUCACAGUACAGCCAACCAUCCCUCACGCAGUCACAAUACAGCCAACCAUCCCUCACACAGCCACAAUACACACAGUCAGCCUUCACACAGUCACAAUACAGCCAACCAGCACCCACUCUACCACAAUACACCCAGCCAUCUCUCACACAGUCACAAUUCACUCAGCCAGCCCUCACACAGCCACAAUUCACUCAGCCAGCCCUCACACAGCCAGCCCUCACACAGCUAGCACCCACUCCGCCACAAACUUUGAACCACCUUCCAACCGCCUCAAUCAACAACAAAGAACGCUUGGACGCUAAGAAACGAGAGCUGGAGUAUUAUCUAAUUUCAACAUCUUUUACACCUGCAUCUGAUAGUUACACACCAGCCGUUGCAAUGAAUUCAUCACAGCCUAAGCCAACACAUUCACCUACCCCUAACCUUGCUAGCCCCUCUGACAGACUCCCACAGAGGUCCACAAUCACAAGUUCACCAGAUCCCAGUCUGUUAUCUUAUCAAGUGUCUGAUGCUUCAAGUCCACAAGCAGAGGAUGAGCUCAGCAGUGCUGAUUCUUUUUACUUAAAUACUCUGCCAAGUUUGUGUUUUGCUUAACAAGUACUACAUUCAAUCAAACACACACACACACACACAAAACAACGAAUACUUAUUACAAAUAUAAAAGGUUGAGCACAUGUCCAAGGCUUCAAGACUCACUAAGUGAAUAUAGCAAGAAAGUCCAACGGUUAUUAACAUGGUGAUCCUCACCAAGUAGGUGAUUAUUGCUGUCAUUUCUUUCUAGCCCUGUUUACUUGGAAUCUAUUUGUAAAUAUAUUUGUUCUUCUUCCAAUUGCAGUAUAUAUAUAUAUAUAUAUAUUUAGCCUAAUUGUAAAAAAAAAAAGAUAAAAUUGAUGUACAUAAUUUGUAUAGUUUAAAUAUAUGUUUGUGUGAGUUAUUAUUGAUGGUUCUGACCUCUAUAUUACCUCACAUUUUUCAAGGAUUGUUUUCAAAGCUUUAUAAAUUGUUAUCCUGAUCUUUCAGGUUGGUUGCUAAUAUUUUUUUUUAUAAUUUUUUUAAAAUGUUUGAAAUCUGUAAAAUAUAUAUAUAUAUAUUUAAGUUUAAAAAUAUUGAUUUUUCAUUCUUUAAGUGCUUACAGAAUAGUGUUGAAUUCCUAUGGGCAGCUAAAUUAUUUUAAUGUUAAACUAAUUUAUUUUGUUAAUUAUACAAGACAAUAAAUUU